UCGGGAGCAUAGGAAGGAACCCAAGGGUAGCAGCAGGCAGCGCGUCCUUGACGAUGGCCAUGGACACGUUCUACAUCUCCCACGGCUCGCCCACGCUCUCCAUCGACGACUCGCUGCCAGUGCGCCACUUCCUCAAGUCGUGGGAGCCGGCCGGUCUCGCCGGCCCGCAGCCGCCUCGCGCCAUCCUGAUCGUGUCCGGCCACUGGGAGACGGACACCCCGGCUGUCAACGUCAUCCGUGGCACCAACGACACCAUCUACGACUUCUAUGGCUUCCCCGACCAGAUGUACAAGGUCGCCUUAAUUCAUAAUUCUACAUCCAUGUCUAUGCUGGUGUACCCUGCGCCGGGCGCGCCGGACGUGGCCAUGAGGACCAAGAAGCUCCUGGAGGACGCCGGGUUCGGGCCGGUGAGCGAGGACCACGGCCGCGGGCUCGACCACGGCGCGUGGGUGCCGCUGAUGCUCAUGUACCCGGAGGCCAACAUCCCGGUGUGCCAGCUCUCCGUGCAGACGGACCGCGACGGCACGUACCACUACGACCUCGGCAGGGCGCUGGCGCCGCUCCGGGACGACGGCGUGCUCAUUGUCGGCUCCGGCAGCGCCACGCACAACCUAGGCCGGAUCCUGCGGACGUUCGCGCCCACCAGCGGCGAGCCCGUGCCGGAGUGGGCGGCUGAGUUCGACGCCUGGCUCAGGGAGUCUUUACUCAACGGACGGCACGACGACGUGAAGCGGUACGAGGAGACGGCGCCGUUCGCCAAGGUAGCGCACCCGCGGCCGGACCACUUGUACCCGCUGCACGUCGCGCUCGGUGCGGCCGGGCCGGAGGCCAAAGCGGAGCUCAUCCACCGCAGCUGGUCCAACGCCACGCUCUCCUACGCGUCCUACCGGUUCACCACCAAGCAGCAAGAUAAACUGAUGGAGCCACCGUGUGACGGCGCUACCCCUGCUCUUGUAUGCGACUAAAUUCCCACACACCGCAAGUGGGGAACCGCAGUCUGUCGGAACAGUGGCGGAGACCGGAAUAUUUUUCAGGUGUGACGGAGUUUAUAAAAAAGAAAUCAAAUUAUGCAUGAACUCAUUUGAAUACUACAUAUACUAGCGAAAUGUCCGUGUGUUGCUUCCACAUUAUAGAGUGCAUUAUAAUGGUUUGACAUCAA